AUGGGAAGGACGAUAAAACGAAGAAAGCUAGGGAUUGAAGGUGACACGUCAAGUCUUCCAUAUGAAAUCAUAUCCAAUAUACUCUUGAGACUACCGGUGAAGUCUCUGUUGCGAUUCAAGUGCGUUUGUAAAUCAUGGCUUGAUGCAAUUUCCGAACCCGAAUUUGAGAGAUCAUAUCUCAAUGAAUCAAUUAAGUUGGAGCGUCAAAGUAUCUUUUUCUGGGACAGAACCACAGCCAAAUCCAAAGAUUUAAACUACGUAUGCUAUGACUGCUGUGAUGAUUCAAUGCAAAAACUAUGCUUUCCAUGUGAGAAGUAUAGGAAGGCUACGGUGAACUGGAACUGUUCUUUUAAUGGUUUAGUACUGUUGUGGCUUAAAAAGGACAAGUUGUGUGUACUGUGGAAUCCAUCCACUAGGGCAUACAAGAGGUUCUCAUAUCAUAUAUAUGGCGAUUAUGCACCAUGUGGAUUUUGCUAUGAUUCUUCCAUGGAUGAUUACAAGGUGCUGUUUUUUCGUAGGGAUUUUUUUGUGGUUUUCAGUUUCAGAGGUCAAUGCUGGACGGAGGUUAAGAAAUGCCCUUAUCGUUUUCUCAGUGAUUUGGCCAUUGUUAAUGGAGUGUUACACUCGGUUGCUUUUAAGAUAGAGUCGGCCCGUGCUGUGAUGCCUCCCUUUCUACUAAAACAACAAACCUCUCGUACUCAUAGUAAUAACAAUAACAAUGAUCCACCAACUUGUAUGUAUGGUGAUGCCCACAACCUCAGCCACCCAGCUGCUACGGACUAUUCACAAGCCCCCCAUACAUAUGACUAUCUGCUUGUUUACUUUGAUAUGGUGGAUGAGAAGUUCAAGGAGAUGCCAACACCAAAUUGUAUAAAUCAAGGAAAUAAGUUUGGAGAUGAGUUUGGUUUGAUGGUUAUAAGAGGAUGCCUCAGUUUAUAUUAUAAUACCAUUGAUGAGAACUAUGUUGAGGUGUGGACCAUGAAGCAAUAUGGUGAGCAUAAUUCUUGGACUAAGUUCAUUGUCAUCCCACGCUGGAUACAUACAACACAUAUACAUUCUUUGAAGCCAUUGUGUGUAACGAACAAAGGUGAAAUUGUGAUGAUGUUUGAUGAUGUAAAGAUAUUCAUCUAUAAUCCUAAAAUUAACAGGUGCACUAGUCUUGGACGAAGAAUGUUUCUGGAUUCAAGUUUGAUUUUAUAUGUGAAUAGUUUCGUUUUGCCCAUUCGUACUCCUCAAGGAAAGAAGAAAAAACAAUUGUAA